ACAAGCAAAUGGUGAUCACCUUCACAACGCUAUUGGCACGCAGACUUGUUUGGCUAAAGUAGAAGAAUCCUAACUCUCCUCUUUUAAGUCAGACUUGGAAACAGUCGUUGAUGCCUUUAUCACAUCUCGGCAAUUCUUUAUAUGUGGGACAGCCCAAAUCUGCUCUGUCACGCCUUCAGCUGGUUCAGCACGCAGCAGCGAGAUAUUUUAAUUGAGUGGGUCUGGAUAUAAAGGAUCACAUCUCCCCCUGUAUUAGCAUCUCUCUACUGGCUACCGAGAGAGAAAAGCUGCUGCUUGGUGUACCAUCUAGAUGAAUGUGAAAAAAGAAACGCAUGAGGCUGACGUGAAGAUCAUGGAGCAAAGGGCCAUAAACAUUAAGGAGGAGGACUGUAAGUGGGAGCCUGUCCAACCGAACCAGGAGGAUCUCUGCAUUAAGGCUGAUAUCUGUGAAAUGGGCAUUAAGGAAGAGGCUGAAGAGAAGUCUGUCAGCAUUGAGAGAGGCAAACGUAAAAGAGGGGAGAGUGUCCAGGAAAACGACCUUCGUUAUGGCGAAGUGAGCGGGUGUUCAUCGCCGGAGCCUUCUGUCAGCGUGAAGUCUGAAUCGCCACAGUCAGACACAAAGAUGACUGAGGAAAUGUCAUCUGUUGAAACUCAGGAAGAUCAGCCGCCACCUUCAGAUCAGUCUGGAGAAAGAGACAAACCUCACAGCUGUCCUGAAUGUGGCAAACGUUUCUUUUACAAGUGUUAUCUUUGGAGACACAAAAUAAUUCACACUGGAGAGAAGCCGUAUUGCUGUUCUGAUUGUGGCGAGCAAUUCUCUCACAGGACUAAUCUUUGGAGACAUAAGAAGAAAAUUCACACAGUGGAGAAGCCAUAUUGUUGUUCAGAAUGUGGCAAACAAUUCUAUGAGAAGUGGAAUCUCAAGAACCAUGUAAGAGUUCACACUGGAGAGAAGCCGUAUUGCUGUUCUGAGUGUGGGGGACAGUUUUCACGAAGAGGCAAUCUUUUGAGCCACAAAAAAAUUCAUACGGAAGAGAAGCCAUACUUCUGUUUGGAAUGUGGCAGGCAAUUUUGUGACAACACUACUCUUCAAAAACACAGUAAAAUCCACACUGCAGAAAAGCCGUACUGGUGCUUGGAAUGUGGGAAAGGAUUCUUACGCUCCAACAGUCUUAAGUGCCACAUUAGAACUCACACUGGAGAGAAGCCAUAUUGCUGCUCGGAAUGCGGCCGACAAUUCUGUGACAGGAGGAAUCUCCAGAGCCACAUAAAGGUUCACAGUGGAGAGAAGCCGUAUUGCUGCUCUGAAUGCGGCAAACAAUUCUCACGAAUGUCCAAUCUACAGACACAUGCACAAAUUCACACGGGAGAGAAGACGUAUUGUUGUUCUGAAUGUGGGAAACAGUUUUCCCAAAGAAGUGCUCUCUUGAGACACAAAAAAAAUCAUACGGGAGAGAAGCCGUAUUGCUGUUCUGAAUGUGGAAAAGUAUUUUCCCGUAUGGGCCAUCUGCAGCGUCAUGCAAGAAUUCACACUGGGGAGAAACCUUAUUAUUGUUCUGAAUGUGGGAAAGGAUUUUCUCAAAUGAGUCAUCUGCGAAGGCACCUACGAAUUCACACUGGAGAGAAGUUCUCAACAUAGAAAGGCAAAACAUAACCAAGAAUCAAGAAAUGCAGUCUGAGAUGAGCCAGAUGUGGAACUGAACACAACAUUAGGCCAGUGGUUCUGGGAUCAACAGGUCCUAUCAACAACAAAAUUGCAGGGCCAUCUGGAUGUCCUACCAAUUACCAUAAGUCCAUGAACUGCAAAAGAGGAGGCAUUGUUAGGAACAAUGCUGGUGUUACACAGAGUCCUCACUUUAAACAGAAGUAAGAAACAGAAGCCAUGUUGAUGUUUGGAAUGUGGCAUAGGAUUCUCAUGAGCCAACAGUCUUAAGUGCCACAUAAGAAUUCACGUGGCAGAAAAGCCAAAUUGCUGUUCAGAGCGUGGCAAACCAUUCACAAAAAGGAGCAGUCCUUGGGGACGCAAAUCAACUCAUACAGGAGAGAAACAGCAUGGCUCUUCUUAAUGUGGUGAACAGUUUUCAGAAAAUACUCCUCUUCAGAGGCACACACAAAUUCACAUCGCAGAAAAGCCGUAUUGGUGUUCUGAUUGUGGCAGGACAUUUUUGAAAAUGGUGCUAUCUUGAGUCCCGCAAAAGCAUUCCCUCAACAGAAAAUCCCUAUUGCUGUUCUGAGCGUGGCAAACUAUUUCUGUGUAUGCUUCACAGGGGAGAAAGAGAGAGUAGAAGAGAAAAAUGAAGAUCCUGUGCAGAGUGAUGACACGAGAUCACACAAUGUCCUAGCCAAAAUACAACAGUUGAAAUUGCAGGAUGGCAUAUUAACAUGUGAAGAGCUAAACUGUACAGUGCAAACCGUAAACUCCAAAUUCUGGCAGAGGAACAAAAGAAGGUACAAAGAGAAGCAUGAAGAAAUGGUACAGAACAACAUUUUAAGGAUAAUCUAAAAAGAUCCAUUAGAAUAUUAAGUGGGUAGACUCUGAAAGUAACUGUACCACCAAACUUGUCUUCAAGGGGAAUUGCUGUCCUCCUGAGUCUUCGCACUUGCAUCGUCUGUCUUCUUAACUUUGCUAGGUCAGAGUAGCACUGUCCGACUUAAGCUUGUAGCAUUUAAGGGCCAUGAUGUACUUGAAUUUACAAAAAAAAUAUUGGAGCUGUGACCUCCAAUGAGAAAUGCACACUGGAGGGACGAAUGAACCGGAUUGGACACCAGAAUCUGCUGCCCGAUAAGCUAUUAGACCAAUAGCAAAAUGUUAAUGCAGUACACUCUCUUCCUAGAUAAUGGAGAGAGCAUACAUCAACUUGAUAAUGUAAAGGGUACACACGGAUAGUUGUAACAUAUGUCUGUCAUAGCUGUUAAGUACAUACUGUAUAUGUCUUACUAGCUGUGUUACCCGAGGAAAAUAGGCCUCAGUUGUAAGCCCUUCAGUUAAUCAGAAGUGCUGGAAGUGCUGUGUAACUAAAUACUUUUCAGUAUACAAUAUUUGUAGGGUGCAUUUUUACCAAAGGCUAAUAUUAUUGGCUGGUAGUGCAGUAUAGUGGUUAAGGACCUGGACUUCAAACGCUGAGGUUGUAGAUUCAAAUCCUGUUUCCAACACCACGAGAAAGUCACUUGAUCUGCCUAUGCUCCAAUCUGAGAAACCAACUGAAGUGGAACCAAUUGUGUUGUAAAUGUUUGUAGUAGUAGGGUGAUGUACCGUGUUAGCCAUUGUGGAUGCAUUGUGAAGUCAAGCACAAGGACACCUUCGGCUGGCUGACUGAAGCGAUUACAGUGUUCAAGCUUUUCAGGCAACUUGGGCUCCUUCUUCAGUCAAGUUGAGUCAGAUAAAGACGUCAGUAAAAUAAGAAGUAAGAACAGGUCACUAGAGCUGCUUACGCUCUACACAGUUAUCCGUGAGUAAAACAUUCCUACAUUAGAUCGAUUCCAGCUUUUCAAAGUGACUUUUGUUGAUGGUCAUUGUAAAAAAAAAAG